AAGAUUUCGACGUUGCCUGUUACAGGAGGGCGAGAGGGGCUAUUUGGAAGGACUCGCUUCAAGAUAUGCAGAUCUCUUCAGGACGCAUUACGGGGAUGUCCUGGAACCGUUGGAGGAGCUACGCCGACGAGAAACAAACGCUUCCGCCCGAAUGCCCAACACUCAGCUCACCACCAGUCAUUCACAGCCCAUUUACGUGCCCGGAAAAUACUCGCCCUCGAGCUGCCUCAGCGACAAGGAGGAGGAUGAAAUCUAUGGCUUCGGAUACGGGGUCUUCAGCAGGCAGAUGUUCCAACAUCGACAGCAAAAGCUCGCGCUUGCCACACAAAACACGACCGCCACCGUGACACCGGGUGGACCUCAAGCAACCUAUCAAAGUUGUCUGAGCCCGAGAUCUGCGUUCUUCUACGAGUUCCCUCCUAACGAACAAGGACAAAACACGAGUAAGAAGAAAACAACGUUUUCGAGGUUGCUACGAGGAUUGAAGACACAUAGAAAAGAAAAACAAGGCCAACAAGCGCAAGGCUCUCCAAGACACGGUCGUGCAAGAAUGGGCGUUCCUCAAAGAGUAGACACACCAGACAGUGUUUUACAAAGCGGUUUGGGUCUUGGACCCGACAUGGGACACACGAUUCUUCGUUCAAUGGUAGAUCCUCGAGAUUACGAUCGACUGAGAUAUCUACAGAUGAACGGCGGCCAACCGAACAGUUUUGAAGAAACCAUUCAUAGGCUGAAAGUUCAAGAGGCGCUGCGAAAGAAAGAGCGGUUUCACAAAGAGCACGAGGAGAUACUGAGAGAUAUCCGGCAGGGUUUAAUGCAGCUAGGACGAGACGGACGGGGUCAGCUCCCUGGGGAUGAUACGUACAUGUAUGACGAAGACGCGCGAUGCGGAGGUGCAGGUAGCUUAGUUCCCGGACCAGGCGGUCAACAUUGGUACGACGAACCACCUUACGAAUCGGACCCAGAAGACUUUCUUAUGGGAGCUAGUGGCGGUGCGGUACCAACCGCAACCAUCCAAAAUGGAAGGGUAUGUUUCACGCUGAAUAUGAGGCCGGAAAAUCGAGGAGAGGGUGUGAUCUCUCUUCGAACAGCCGGCGAUAUCAGCUUGCCGCGCGAUCGUUCCAGGAAAGGUGCAACGUCGACGAUGCGAGGUCUCAUCGUUCCUCAGGGUCACAAUAAUCCGCCGACGAUUAUACCUCUAACGCAUUCAAGAGCUUCUCGUGAGAGCGGAGAUUACGCGAGCAGCGACGUGCAGAGUGUGAGCUCGAGACUGUCGACUGUGUCGGUGGACACGAGUAGGAGCGACCAGCCUCCGGUGGGCGGUCGCCACCCCGAUCGGCCGGAGCAUCACCAUGAGCACCAUCACAACCAUCGCCAUCAUCACGAACAUCACCACUCGGUCUCACCCCGACCCAAUCAGCGUCACCCUGCCGCCACUAGCACGACCGUUACCAACACCGUCACCGACGCAACGUCACCGCAAAGCAACGCGCAACGCCGCCCGGUUCCCAGAUAUAGUCGGAGUAGCGGCGAGGAGGGACUGUCGCCGAGCCAGAGUAGCGACUAUGAGGAUCAAGAAGAACUCGAGAGUCAACACUCGGCCGCCGUACAUACAUCGGAGGCCAGCGCCCUGCUCGAGGGCGACGCCAGGGCGGGAAUCGCAGGCCGCGCGAGGAAUUUAAGGCACGACGUGCAGCGAAAGAUUUCGAGGCUGCGCCAGGAUCGCGCGUCCUCGGAGGCGUUUCCGUGCAGCGCGAGCAGCGUCGAGAGCCUGCCGAGCGGCAGCGGCUCGAGCACGCAGGCUCUAGUCCGUGCGGGAAGCAAUCACAGUUCGAUAUCCUGCGAGGAUAGGGACGCCGUCAGCCCGACGUCUAUCGGCCCUGUCCUAUGUCGAGCGAGGGCACUGGUGGACUACACCCCCAGUCCAUACGACAAGGACGCCUUAAAGUUCAAGAAGGGGGACGUAAUCGAUGUGGUACAGAUGAACAAGAGCGGACUGUGGAAGGGCGUUGUGCACAACAGGAUAGGCCACUUCAAGUUCAUAAACGUCGAGAUACUGAACGACAGAGUACCUAGGAGGGGGGAACCAGAGCGGGGCAAGUGGGGUCAGAGAUACAGGCAGAAGCCGGGUUCCGUUCAAGAGCUCUUGCAGAGAAUGAAUCUUCAGGAGCAUAUUCCAGUUUUUGUGCUGAACGGAUACGAGGAUCUGGAGCUCUUCAGGGAGUUAGAAGCGGCGGAUCUGGACUAUUUGCGUAUACAUCAACCCGAGCAUCGUGCCAAGAUACUCACUGCCGUGCAGCUCCUACACGAUCUUCAGUCGGGCAGCGAGGGUGAUCUGGCCUCGAGUUCAGAGGGCGACGAGGUCAGUCGUCUGGUCUUAACCUCUGGCCAGACGUCCGGCCACUGUUCCCCGUUUAACCGACGUCAGUUCCCACGGGACUCUGGCUGCUAUGAUGCGCAUAAGAAUACAACCAGUCGACGAACUAUCAGCCCGGAAUCAACCACGACGUCAUCGAAGCUAUCAAGGGAAAACAAUCUGGAUGGCGCGACGGCUGUCACGAAAAACACCAGCAGUGUUGACGCGGACGGAGGUCUAACCGAUGCGAAGGACAAUUUUCAUCCCAAUAUACCGAUCUCCGGCUCGGUAACGAGCCAGAAAGAGGGCCAAUUCGAAAAGUCGCCGUUACUGCGGGGUGGCAAUGUGCGGUACAUUGCAAAGAGGGGCAACUUUGGCGAAACGGUUGUCAUCGAGGACGCCUGCGAGGGCGGUCAAAAGCUGGGCGGCAUGGUCAAAUACAUGGUUGGUGGUACUAGCGAUCUUGGUCUCGAGGGUACCGGCAAUGUCACCGGUCUUAGCCAACGCGGUUGUCUCAGCGAGAAAUCCAGCGACUCCGGCGUUAGCUCAUCCAGUAUUAGUUCGGCGCCUCCACCCAGAGACAAAGUACUCGCUACCGUCAGUACCACGUCGGACUCGCCGACCAAGAACUUUGGUAGUUUUAGCAGGGCAUCGCCAACUUCUCAGAGUGGCAGUAAGAGUCAAAACGACGGCAGCUAUCAAUGAGAAAAGCAUCAACGAAUUGGUAGGCCGGUGAGUCGCGACGCAAUUUUGAGCUUGAAGGUAAGAAGUACAGAAAUGAAGGAAUCGCGUAAUUAACGGGAAACCGACACUGAAGCGGCCUUAGUUCGGAUUAUGGAGUACGAAAAAGAUUAUAUGAUUGCAAUUGUCUACAGUGUCCGAUUCAUUCACGAGAUAUUUAGAUAAUAUCGGGAUCAACGAAUAUCUUGAGUAUAUACUUUAUAUUCAGCGAGAGAUAUAGCUCCCGAAUCCGCGAUCUUGACAAACGUACUUGGCGACGAGAUGUUUCUUCUAUUUCGGAUAACUCGCAGAAGCAACGAAAAUUGCUGACGAUAGAUAAUAAUUGAUAGUCGCCAUUGUGUCCACUCGUUGCGACGACUAUCAUCAUAAUCGCAUCUCGAUUUGAAAUAUCUCUCAAAGCAAUAUCUCUUUUGUUGUUGGCAAAGUACCGAGAGUCUUUCUUUGUUUGGUAAUUCUUGUCUCGAGUGCGAAUGGAAAAUCUAAUGUCUCUCAACAUAAUAUCUCUUCGAUAUUAAUGUCGGGGGGAACAUUUUGUUAUUUCGUGUCUUGGAUAUUUGGAUGCGCGAUGGGAAGAACUGAGAACAAGAAUCCCGAAACGAGCGAAAUUCCUGCAGUUGUAACAAGGACUCCCGGGAGCACCGGCGAAGUUUCUUCUUCGCGUUUACGUUCGCGUUUGGUCCGAGCGAGAUGCAUUUCGAAUAGCUCUCGACAUCUCGAGAAGAUAACCAAGUCACAUCGCGCCUGCGUAUAAGCCAUAUAAUUAAUAAUAAGCGAAUAUUAUGUGAUACAGUAGCAAUAUAACGAUCGACUAAAGUCGAAUAGAUAGAGAAAAAAAAAAGAAACGACGACCAGCGAUUGUCAUUGUGCAAAUUGUCGUCGAGAUUCAUUGCGUAUAAUAAA